UUGUCCUUCUUUGUGGGUAUGUGCCAUAGCUGAGGAUCAUCAUAAUCAUCACCAUCAUCUACUGAUCAUUCGCAUAGCCAUGAUGGCUGCCUCUUCGACUUCAAGUCACCGCGGCUUCCUCUCCACCCACUGAUGGGCGCACGCUGUCUACGUUGCGACGUUAGAUCGCAAUAAGCUCUGCGGCAGCGCUGAAGUCUUCAUGCACCCAAGAGCAACAGCUCAUGAGACCAUGGAAAGUUACUAUCCGCUGUUUGCGAUCUCGGACGGGCAAAGCAACAACUACCUCACAAGCGCAAAUGGUAUCUUGGCCGGUGUCGAGCUGUGCCUCGGUCUCGGCGUCUUCGUCGGCAUGUUCGCGAGAGCGAAAACAAAUUGCUCGCAAAAGUUCUUGUUCGCCACGGGCCUUUCCUAUGGCCUCAACGACCUCAACAUCGUGCUCACGUCCUUGGUCUCCCACGAAACAGCAUCCUUUUUGCCCACCGUUUUCUACUACCUUAUGUACCAGUUUACAGCUAUGAUUUCCUUCACUUCUGGCGGCAUAUUAUCCCUGAUCACAGGACACUCAAACAGCCGACCUAAAUUUCAGGCGUGCUUGUUACAACAACUGAAGCUUCAAGCAUACUUGUGCCCUGCCUGAAGCCAUUCUGUUCCGGACGCUCCUGGCGGUUCUCAGGCUGUCGAUCACUUGACCUUCCUUUUUCUAUUAAAGUUGAC